AUGAGCCAACCAGAACCUCAAAUCAAGAAAGAAGUUACUGUCAAAAAUGAAAACACAAGUAAUGCAUUAGACAAGAAUGGCUCGUCAUCGCCAUCGCCAUCGAAAUCGGAAGAAUGGCAAACGAUCCCAUUAAAGUCAUGUGGUCCCGAGGAAAUCGAAGACAUCAGGGUUCAUCUAAUGAAGUUUGCCACAAAGCAAGAUGUAGAUAUUGUUAAAGACUUUGAGAAACCGGUGAGGCUUCAUAGAAAAGAUCCUAGGAAUAUGCAGUUUCACCUUACUCGUCAAGAAUUAGAGCAAAGGAAAAGGGAGAAGGAGGAAGCAGAAAAGGAACGUCUUCAACGAGAAGCAGAAGGCACUGCUGAAGGGCAAGAAGGAUCAAGCUCUGUACAAGGGCCAAAUUCAGGUGCAGAUCCGGAAGAUUCAAGGUAUAACAAAAGUCUGGCCGACAUGUCACAAGUAGCCCCAGAUGGUGGUGCCCGUAAGAAUAAAAAGAAAUUAUUUAAACGAAAGACAAAGCAGAUAAAUCUAAUGGACGAGGCCAAGAGAAAAUUACGGUAUGAAGAGCAUUAUCCAUGGGUGAUUGAAGACUAUACUGGGAAAAAUGUUUAUGUUGGAAAUUACGAAGCAGGUUCGACAGAACUGCAACACGUAUUGUUUGUCUUUGACAAGGAUGGCUUCAAAAUGAUACCUGCUGAAAAAGUCUACCGAUUCACACCUAGAAAUAGAUAUGCCACUUUGACAUUAGAGGAAGCUGAGGCCAAAAUGGAAAAAAAUUCUAGUGUCCCCAGGUGGUUGAUGAAACAUAUGGAGAACGACUCUAUUGCAGAAGGUUCGCCUGAUCAAAGAUUUCGAAAUAACUCCCCGUCGGCGAAUGGCCGGGUUGUAAGCAACGGAGGUGCACAGAGCAGGCGUAUGAGGACAGUGAUGGGUGGUGACUCACGCUCUAAUGAGGACAGAGAUUCCGAUCAUGACGACUUAGAUUUUGAGGAAGAAUUUGCCGACGACGAAGAAGCUCCAAUCAUGGAUGGAGAUGAAGAGGAAAACAAGAUGUCAGAGAAAAAAUUAAAGAAAGAUAUGUUGAAAGCCUCAGCAUUCAAAGCUGAACAGGAGGACGAUGAAGACUAUGAUUUAGAUGACUUGUUUGAAACUGAAAAGUCAAGAAAGGUGGAUAAGGAGGGUAAGAAAUUGAGAAAAGUGUUGAACAAGAGAGAAGGAGGUAUUUAUGAUAGUGACGAUGAAGAGCAAGGGAUGUUGCCAUACUUAUCCAAAUCAGACUUGGAAAGCGAAGAAGAGAGUGACAAUGAGGAAAAAGUCAAGAUAAAAGAGGAGCCUGAAAGUGCACCGCUUUUAGGAGAAAAACAGAAAACAGGUAUGAGAAACUUUGUGGUGUCAUCAAUAGCCAAUGGGUAUGUUGUUAUGAAGGCUCCAAAGAAAUUUCUCUCUACCUUGCCUCCUGGUGAGUGGAACCCAAAUGUCCCUAAACGUGCCAGCCCAGAGCCUUCAUCUCCUAGAAAGAAAAUCAAAUUGCAAGAAAAUGAGCCAGUAGUGACUGUUAAAAAAGAGCCUUCUCCGGUUGCCACUUCGACCCCAGGCUCCCCUGUCGACUCGAGUGCGUUGGCCAAUUUAAAUGAUGCCGGUCCAAACAAUUUAUUAGUAACGGUGGAUGAUGUGUUGACUAUCGUUAGGGAUCACCCAUUGACCACUAGAGAGCUCUUGGGGGGCUUAAAGAGCAGAGUUAGUGCCCAUCCUGAUAACAAACAGAGAAUCAUAGCUAUUGUCAAGCAGAAUUUAAAGUUAGUUGACGGAAAAUUGGUGCUCAAAACUUGA